AUGGCCGCGGCGGCGGUGACAAUCACGCGGAUCGAUAACAGAAUCAGCAGCAUUCCUGCAUCGGCCAGCCGUUCAUCCUAUCAAUACACUCCCUUGGAAAGGGACCAGAUACGCCUCGUCGUCCUCGUACCGGGCCACGGUUCGGACCCGAUCACCGUCCGCAUCCUCAUCUGCCACCGCAGAGAUGCGCCCCCCUAUGAGGCCGUAUCGUACACAUGGGGAGAUGAUGCUGCCCUCAAGCAGAACAUCGAGGUCCUCCCUCCGGUUCUAACUCGAGGGAAUACGACCUUGUUGUCCGUCCCCCAGAGCUGCGCCUCUGUCCUCCGCACCCUCCGCUCGUCAUCCGUACCCCGCAUACUCUGGAUGGACGCUCUCAGCAUCAACCAAUCAAACCUACACGAACGAAGCCUGCAGGUCCGGAUCAUGCCGAAAAUCUACCGCACAGCCUCGAAGGUCGUGAUCUGCCUGUCCAAGACUUCGUCCGAGGACCACACCGAGGCGGUGGAGUUCAUCGCUCGCGGCCGCUUCAAGAACGCGCCCCCGGCAACCUUGGCCGCGGUCAACGCGCUGUUCAAACACCCAUGGUUCUCCCGUACCUGGGUCAUCCAGGAGGUCGCCAAGGCGAGAAAUGCAAUCGUCCUGUACAACGAUACUUACACGCCAUGGUCCAACUUCUCUCUCUGCGCCAAGAUGCUGUCCUUGGACGUCCCCGUGGCGUCGCCCAUUCGACGUCUGCGGCAGAGAGGCUUCAUCGACACCAUCACCACAGACCAGUUUGUAAAAGCCAUCUGCGAGGCGACGGCGUGCGACUGUCGGGACCCGAGAGACCGCGUGUUUGCCUUCCUGUCCAUGUACCCCACCAUGAUGAGCAAGGCAGAGAUUGAACAGUAUCGGUCAUCGGGGUAUUCUGGAAGGGCAGGUGAGAGGGGUGAAGAGUCGAGGAGAAAAGGCGAUGCUAUCGAGCGGGAAUCAGGAGUGAGGACUGUCCGGGGAGCGGACGAGAACGGAAAGGCGCCGCAGAGAAUCACGAACUACGCUUACUCUGUCGAAACGGUAUACACACAAUUUGCGGCCCUGCUGUUGAAAAACCAGGGUCUCGAUUUCUUAUCCGCUGUCCAAGGUCGCUCUACUUCACAUAGUCUGCCGAGCUGGGUGCCUGACUGGAGGGCCAAGGGCAGCCGAACGAUCCUGGCGCAUCUCCCUCUGACCGAGUUCAACGCCGGCGGGCACUGGGAGAACCAGGUGUUCCGUAUCCUCCCUGCCACAGACGACAGCCUGACUGAAAGGCUUGAAGUUUCAGCGAUACGUGUUGGAGAGAUUAGCAAGCUCGGAGACACGUGUGAUGUGAAUGUUCCUGGGUGGGAGGACAUCGUCUUCCGACAGUGGAGGAGUCUUGCUGAGGGCGCUUGGAAAGCCGGCAAUCCGAAGGACUGCUCGACCAAGGCGUUGUCAGAUUUCGUUCAAACAAUCAUGACCGACUCAGACAACGAAUUCGUCGACACGCAAAGAUCAAUCUGCCAACGGUUGUCUGGGCCGAAAUCUAAGCAACAGGAAACAAAGACACUCCUGGCGGGAUUAGACGAUGAAGCGGUUACAAAACUGCGCAUCAGCUGCCACGGACGAAGGCUUUUCGUAGCAGCAAACGGAGCCAUGGGUCUGGUGGCAAGCGAAAGCGAAGAACGGGAUUUCGUCGCGGUCCUCCCGGGCGCAAGACUGCCGUACAGCUUCCGUCAUCGCUACGAUCUCGCGUCCACAGAGGUCGAGUUGGUUGGCGAAUGCUUCAUUCAGGGCAUGAUGAGGGGAGAAGCUUUGGCUGGAAGCUCAUCCUUCCUGAGGAACGAGAUCAGGAUAUGCUGA